AUGCUUAUUCUUAUUCCUUUUAUGCAAACAAAAGCGUCGGCUAUUGCUAUGCUUCUUCUACGUUUUUCUAUCAGCCAAAUGGAUGUACCAGCACGGCAGACAUUUGUGGCGGUCAGUGUAGAAAAUAAUGAGCGUUCAGCAGCUGGUGGCAUAACAAAUUUGGUUCGAUCAGUUGGUUUAUCUAUAUCACCAAUAAUUGUCGGUUAUCUCCUACAAGAUUCAAAAAACCCUAUUCUGUUCGCAUCGCCUUUUGUCAUUGGUGGUGGGCUUAAACUUCUCUACGAUAUCCUUCUAUAUGUUUCAUUUGAUGUUUCGAAUCGAAAUCAGUUAGUACAUGCGAAAAAGCAUACUCAGAAUAUUUGA